GAUGCAUUAGAAAUAUUGUCAAACCGAUUGGGCGCUUAUGAAAAGGAAGUUAUAAAGUGGUAUUCACAUUUAGUUUGCAUCGCCAUGGUGUGAUUGUUAUGGGCCUAAGAAGAGAGUGCUGCAUUUUUUAAUAUGUCUUCAAGAAACAAGUAAAUAACACUGCAUGAGACAAACAUGGGAGCUGUAGUCUCUAGAUGGAGGGCAAAACCUUCCACAGUAGACGUUUUGGAAUGCAUUGACAAGGACAUACAGAAACUGGAAGAAUUUAGGGAAACGAAUCAAAGACUAUUAAAGCUAUGGGUUGGAAGGCUGCUACUGUAUUCAUCUCUUCUCUACCUUCUUACUUGUAUGAUUGUGUAUAUAUGGUAUCUUCCUGAGCAAUGGACUGCAAAAUUAAUCAUGGCACUCUCAUUUUUUCUAUUUCCUAUACUAAUCUGGUUCCUAAGAAAAUUGCUGAUUUGGAUGUUCUCCAAACGAACAGAAAGAAACAACGAAAAGCUUGAAGAAUUAAAAGCCCAAAAAAAGAAAAUCCUUGAAGAGGUUAUGGAAAAAGAGACCUAUAAAACUGCAAAAUUAAUUUUGGAGAGAUUUGAUCCUGAUUCAAAGAAGAAAAAUGAACAGGAACUUGCAGCAGUGGCUGGACCUCCUGUGACACCAAGGCCUGGUCAAGAAAUUCGUCAGCGAAAUGUUUCCCAAAUAAAUCCUGUUCCUGCAACUCCAAUAAAUCCCAACCAAGGAGUUCCCCGUCCUUCUGCUACCCCUUCAGCGCCUUCUCCCACCUCUGCUCCCGGUGGUCCCCCAGAGCGAACCCUGGCCAUGGCAGCUGCCCAGCAAAAUCUCAUGAGACGAUCCAUGAGCCCUGGUACACCAGUGCCUGGAAUGGUGUUAGUCCGAGGGUUAGGGGCACAAAUGGAGGAAAGAUUAAGAACAAGAGGCCUGCACCCUCCCGGCCCUCCACUUGCUAGAGCUAUCCUUCCACGGGAGAGAGGAGUGAUGGACAGAGUUGUUGAGUUCUUAGUAGGUGACGGGCCUCAGAACAGAUAUGCCCUUGUCUGUCAGCAGUGCUUUUCCCAUAAUGGCAUGGCCUUGAAAGAGGAAUUUGAAUAUGUCGCAUUUAGAUGCGCAUACUGCUAUUUUCUAAAUCCUGCUCGGAAGACUCGCCCUCAGGCCCCACGUCUCCCGGACUUUAGUUUCGAAAGGAGACCGUGUACUGACUCCCAAACGUCCGGUGUGUCUGCAGAGGCUGGUGUUCCUGAGAAUCAACCUUCUGCUGCCCCUUUGGAAGAAGGGAGACAAGAAUGUAAGCCAGUGGACACAGACACUCAUCCGGAAGGGGAGCCUGCAGAAAGGGCAGAGGAUACUCAGGCCAGUGAUGAAAAAGAGACUCCCCAAGUGGAGGAGCAAAAACCAUUGAACGCUGAAGCGGAACAGGAAGAAGUUUCCUUCAUGGAUACUGAAUAAAGGCCCCUGUGCCUGAAUCCCAAUUAAAAUACACAUUUAUGCUUUUGACUUGUUUUAAAUACGAAUUGCAUUUUUAUUUUUGAUAACAUUUUGCAGAGGCUCUGUGUAAACAGGCAAGAGUCUCUUGUUUAAAAUGGCAACCUGUCUUGUUACUCACCCCCCCAUGUGUUUCUUACCCAUCAUAGAGAAAAUGAGCUUCAAACAUUAAACAUGUUUCUUAAAGGUAAAACUGGGAGAUCAAGAGAAUCAGCACUGUUUAUUUAUUAAUUAUUUUUUUGUUUUGGAUUUUUGUAUGUUUCUUGCGGAAUGUGUCUUUUAAUGGCGUUUACACCGAACAAUGUAAAAACAUUUUACUGUUGCACGUAAGCAACACAGUUGUGUGUGUGUGUGUGUGUGUGUGGUUAUCUACAGCUAAAUGUUGCCUUUUGCCAAUAACUAAAGAAUUGUGAAGAUUUCAGGUACUAAAACAUGCACAACAAGGGCAGCCUUGUGUUUACAUGGUAAUGGUAGGAAAAGAGAAUUCAACUUAGAUUUGUUAAGCUUUUAUUUAUUCCUGAAGAUAUUUAAAGUACAAUACAUUUGCCAAGCUGUGGGCCUCUAGUGUGUUUUUAAGGUUUUCAAGUAGAAAAAUUAAAGUAUAUAUAAAAAGA